AAAAAAAAAAGACUGCGUCGGGUUUGUGAUUUGACACAAACCGAGUCGUGAUCAUCCGGUCGAGCCGUGGGUGGUUAGUUAGCCUCCCCUGUUUACCUUCUUUUCCUUUGGCGGACCUGCCAGCUUGUUCAGCGGCUGUGUGGACGACUGGUAGCCUGCCGUUUUUGUGGUAACGCCUCUUGGUUUUUUUUGAAGGGGACGAGGUGUGUCUGUGAGGGAGAAACGCGGCACGGUUAGUGGGGGAUAUCCCCUCGCUUGUUUGACUGAACGUCGUUUUUCCAGGCUAAGCUAACAUAAGCAGCAGCAGCGUAAACGGGUGGGGGUGGAUUUCUACACUUCGGCCCUUGGAAAGCGAAUAUAAAUAACCUCCCGAGGAGUAACGUUAUGCUGGGGAACAAUGACCAGCGAAGGGGACAGAUCUAAGGAAGAAGGGCUUCUCGGGUGGUGCGGACAUGUCAGUGGAUGAGCAGCGGUGAAGAGUGGUUCGGCUAAGCGGAGCUAGUCGGUUAGCUAAACGGAUCGAGGAAGUUGACUAGCCACUUUUGCUAACUGGGCUAAAAACGUCUGGUUUGUAAUAGAGUUUAGGAUUUAAGUGGUGUCAACUUUUUAAAGCUGGAGCUUUAGAAAGUCACGAACUGUUUGCGGAUUUUUAACCCCCAACAACAACAAGAAGAAAAGGUAGCACAUUGGUUUAACAGUUAGCUCGAAAGUCGGAGCUUGUUAUAAACAAAGGCUGCCAAGCUUCACCUGUCCGCAGCGACCUUACACCUCCACGGGUCGUCGACCCUAUUGUUUGACAGACAGCGCUGCCAUUUUUUUAAACUGCUAUUAAACCGUGAAUUUAAGUCUCGGGGAUGGAUUUAAAGACCGCGGUGUUUAACGCAGCCAGGGACGGUAAGCUCCGGCUGCUUCAGAAGCUGCUGGAGAACAAAGAUGGGCACGAGGUGACCAAGUUAAUGGGCGAGAAGACAAACGGGGCCACCCCGCUCCUGAUGGCUGCCCGGUACGGCCACUUGGACUUGGUGGAGUAUCUGCUGGAGUGCUGCAGUGCUCCUGUCGAGGUCGGUGGAUCGGUGAACUUUGACGGGGAGACUAUCGAGGGGGCGCCCCCUCUCUGGGCUGCCUCUGCAGCGGGACACCUGAAGGUAGUCCAGUCCCUGCUGGGUCAUGGAGCUUCUGUCAACAGCACAACGCUGACCAACUCAACGCCCCUGAGGGCGGCCUGCUUUGACGGCCACCUGGACAUUGUGAAAUACCUGGUGGAGCACAAUGCUGACCUGGAAGUAGCCAACAGACACGGCCAUACGUGUCUCAUGAUUUCAUGCUACAAGGGGCACAAGGAGAUAGCGCAGUACCUGUUGGAGAAAGGGGCAGAUGUCAACAGGAAAAGCAUCAAAGGCAACACGGCGCUUCACGACUGUGCGGAGUCAGGCAGCCUGGAGAUCAUGCGGAUGUUGCUGCAGUACGGCGCAACCAUGGAGCAGGAUGGCUACGGCAUGACACCCUUACUUUCUGCCAGUGUUACAGGCCAUACUAAUAUUGUAGACUACCUGACUACGCAUCAGCAGACGAGGCACACAGAGCGCAUUGAUGCCCUGGAGCUCUUGGGAGCUACGUUUGUAGACAAAAAAAGAGAUCUGCUUGGAGCUUUAAAAUACUGGAAAAGAGCUAUGGAUCUGAGGUACAUGGACAGUAACAACAUCAUCCAGAAGCCGGAACCCAAGCAGCUGAUCAUGGCAUACGACUAUGCUAGAGAGGUAACAAACGCAGAAGAGCUGGAUGGACUUAUUUCUGACCCGGAUGAGAUGCGCAUGCAGGCGCUGCUCAUCCGAGAGCGAAUCCUCGGUCCGCAACACCCAGACACUUCCUACUACAUCCGUUACCGUGGUGCCGUCUAUGCUGACUCUGGAAACUUUGAACGCUGCAUAAAUUUGUGGAAGUACGCGCUGGACAUGCAACAAAGCAACCUGGACCCUCUCAGCCCCAUGACUUCCUCCAGCCUGCUGUCAUUCGCUGAGCUCUUCUCCUUCAUGCUGCAGGACAGGGCCAAGGGGCUCUUGGGGACAUCGGUGUCGUUUGAGGACUUGAUGGGGAUACUGUCCAAGAGUGUGAUGGAGAUUGAACGAGCCAUUAAACAAAGUGGACCAAUGCCUCCUGACCCUGCUCAGCUCAGCAAGGCCCUCUCAAUUAUUCUGCACCUCAUUUGUCUUUUAGAGAAGGUGCCAUGUACUGCAGAGCAGGACCAUUUCAAGAAGGAGACGAUCUAUAGAUUCCUGAAGCUCCACCCAUGUGGUAAGAAUGGCUUCAGUCCGCUGCACCUGGCAGUCGACCGCAACACUACCUGCGUGGGCCGUUAUCCCGUCUGCAAGUUCCCUUCCCUCACGGUCGCUUCAAUCCUACUUGAGUGUGGAGCAGAUGUCAACAGUCGAGAUGACGAUGACAACAGCCCCCUCCACAUAGCGGCAACCAACGGUCACCCUGACAUCAUGAACCUGCUCAUUUCCUGCGGGACUCACUUCGACAGCACCAACGCCUUCCAGCAAACGGCCUGCGACCUCCUGGAUGAAAAGGAGCUGGCCAGGAAUGUCAUCCAGCCCAUUAACCACACCACUCUGCAGUGCCUAGCCGCCAGGGCUAUCAUCAAGCACGGCCUCGACUACCGGGGAAACAUCCCAGAGAAACUGGAGGCCUUCGUCUUGCUCCACAGAUAAUGAUUGUGAAGGAGUGGAGAAGAAUGGAUGGGUGCACGGGGAAAAGUGUGAAAAGGAGCAACAUAAUCUCAACGCCUCACCCACAGGGUGCUUGAAAAACAGAGACAAUUAUGUGGGUUAGGUUUGCAAAUUCAAACUACAUGGAGAGUAUGAACUAGUUGGAAGAAUUAAGUGCACAAAAAAAGUCCUCAACUAACCAGGAUGGACUUGAAAAUGAUUUGGAUUAACUGGCCCAAUUUUUGGGGGAUGCAUCAGGAGUGGAUUGCAACAUGGACAAACACAGCUGCAUCUCUGGAUGAACUGAGCAAAGGGGUUUACGUAUUUUUGCUUGAGAUUUUUUUUUUUUUUUUGCAUAUUCCUCGAUUUCUAUUUAUUAAAUGAAACUUGAGAGAUUUUUCUCCAUGCUGGCUGCAACCCAGUCUCAACAUUGCCUGCUCACGUCUUCUCAGUCUCAAGGCAUUUCUACAUAUACUGGGAGUUCAGGUUAUUAUUAUUAAAAAAAAUGUUUUUGGUUUGCCAACAGUCAUGGACCCUUCCUCAGUCAUUAGAUUUUUUUUUUUUUUUUUUUUUUUUUUAGUUUUUUUUUUGUACUUUUACAAAAACACUUAGAUUUUGGUCAUGCAAAUCUGGACAUCUGCCAAGUGCUGUGGAUUCUAGACUCAUUUGUCGUUCCCACUUAAGUGUACAACAAAGCUUUACAAGAAGGGUUUAAUGCGUGCAAACACCAUAAGUGCUUUAUUCUUUCUAUGCACAGGCUAGGCUGUUGGAAAGAGAAACUGUUGUAUUCUGUGCCGGCACUUGUCUGUGCAAUAUCUCUCAUGAGUUUUUGUGUUUACCUCAUUGCUGCCGUUUUCUUCAGUAUCCACCUACUUCACUCAAAAAGGAGGGGGAGAGGGGUGCAAAAAAAAUAAACCAUUGUACUGAUUGUUGUAAGACGAGUGAAUGAAUUUGAGCGAUUUUUUUUUUUUUUUUUUGCGUGAGUGCGUGUGUGAAAGAAAUGCGAGUGCCCCCCCACGGUGCGUUCCUUGUAUGCAGAGUGGGUUUUUUUGCUUUUGUUUUUUUUGUUUGACUUUACACAAAUUAUUGACAACAGGAAUUUUGGUGAAGUGGCGCUCAUGGAGAUUCCACAAUGCACGUGACUGCCAGUAGAAACCACAGCGGCCAAACUAACAGUUCACAACCGCUGGCGAGUGCAGGCUCGUACACAGAAGUGACCUCUUUAACAUUCAUACAUGGCCGACCUUUAAAUACCGUCGUUCUUUAAUAAUCUUUAUCCAAAAGAGAGAAAAAAAAAAAGAAAAAAAAAUCUGGGUAAACAUUGGCCCACUGUUCACGUGCAGCAACAUAUCAGCCAAACAAUCACUGCAGAAGACCUUUCAUGACAACACCUACACUCCAAACUAGAGCAGAGCGAGGGUAGAUCUGUUUGUCUUAUACAGCUGUCAUCCAGCUGUGUGAGGAGUUGAAGACACAAGAGUGGGAGGAUGCCUCUACAUACAGAAUAGGAAAGCUUUGUGAAUUAUCUCGUUUGCACAUUAGCUUUAGAUGUGUGGGUUGGAAAUUUAAAAAAAAGGGCUUUUCAUAAUUCUUAGGAUUUCAUAUUACAGUUUAAAAAGAAAAAAAAGCAGACAUAGCAAAUGUAUUGAGGACACCCAGGGCAACUUGAUGUGAAUCUGCACUUUACUACAGCGGAGUUUAAGAUUUGAUAUGGCAUUAAUUGAGUUCAUGUCUUAAUAACCAGUUUGACAAUAAACCCAUGUUGCACUUGU